AUGACGAAGGAUAGAAUCAACUUCCGCAGGUCCAUGAAGCAUGCCCACGGCGCUGCUGAAGUGGAGGAUGCCGUUGGGAUCACAGAACUGCGCACCACACACAUCGGCGCCAGUGCGGCGGAGGAACGCGGCCUGCGCGUGACGGGAUUGAUGAAGUGGUCCUUUGACGAUUUCAUUGUUGAGGAGGUAUGGCCCGACGGUGUGCUCCACCAGCUUCAAGCGGAGGCCAGAGAGACGCGUACUACCACGGCUUUCCUUAUACGCGUGGUAUCUGAGGGGGUGCCGGACAGCGCGAUUGCCGCUCUUAUUGAGGGAAAAUGCCCCCAUAGGACGUCGAUUCGGUUUCUCACACCCGUAGACUUUGUGUGUUGUCAAGAGCGCUUCGUGCUGGUGCACUCGUCUUCUCAUGAGGCCAGCCGUUUCUUUCAACGUGUGCAAAAAGUCCAUCUCGCAGAGGGACCCGUAUGCCUCGGGAAGGCUGUGGACGUUCCUUUCGACGAGAAGGCGGCGCCGUCUCUACCCAUCCAACUUUUGCCAGACCUACGGUGCUCCAUUCUGUUGAGAGGCAUGCGUGGGUCCCUGGCGGAUGUUCUUCCUCGUCUCGAGGGCCUAGCAAAGCAUGGUUUUCUCAACUAUUCGCAUUUGGCGCGGCAUGGCACUGGUCUUUUUCGUGCCUUUGAAAGCGGACGACAUCUUCUUCAUCGCGAUUACGUGGAGUUCCUCCGCGGGCAUGUACUUGGCUUGACAGAGCGUUCCCCGCUGCUUCGCAAGGAAACUCCCUCGCUGUUAGAGCUGCUUGCGAAUCCAAAGUCCACGCGUAGGGAUUGGGUGAACGUUAGGCAGGGCCUGGAAUACGCCCUGAGGCGGGAUGAAGCCUUGAUCCGCCGACCGCAGACCGGAUUGUAUUAUCCUCACCACACGCUGCUGCGUGAUUUCAUUGAGCGGGCGUCGGAUAUCGUGCCCACACAUCACGACUCCGCCCAACUGAUUCGCGAAAGCGUCCCCCGUUUGCUGCUGCAGGAAAAAAUAAGAAGCGUGGCGGAUGUGCACUUUAACGCGUUGGCGUCUCUUCGUUGGAGCAUGCGCGGUGCUCAAGUGGCUGUGGGGGAUCUUGUGAUUUCCGAGGAAGAGACGGGUCCACUGGACAUUUUUGAAGCCCCCGCCGAUCACAUGAAUGGCGAGAUGACAUCUGUGCGUCAUCCUGAAUGGCUUUCUGCCGCGGGGGAGAAUUACAUGCGUCGGAUGCGUGGGAUGGUUCACGUCGUGCAAAGCCCUGAGGAAGGCCGGCGGUUUAGCUUGGAGCAGGUGGUGCUUCCCGUUAUGGGGAGCGGCGGCGAGGAGAUGUGCCUCCCAGGCGGGAGAAUGAAGGAGGCCGCAGAGCGAUUGGCGCAGGAGAUGCAAAUUGAGGGAUUGCCGAAAAUGAAGGCGGCCCCACCGGCCACUUACCGUCGCCUCGUUGUGCGCCCAAAGGAAUUUGCCUAUUGUGUGUUUGACGACGAGCGAGGCUGGUGCUGGGAAAGCAACCAGGAUGCGCCUAUUCGCCCGCAGCUGUACGAGGAUCAGGAAGGUAUUCUGCGGCAGCCUUCCCCUCUUUAUCUGGCGACGGGGAAAAACAUGAUUGCGCGAGCAGGUAUUCGUGGUGCAGAGCAGCGAAGCCACUUUUUAAAGGCCGCCAGACGUAGUGGCAUGACGUGCGUGUUGCGCAUGACGUUGCCACGGGGCUCGGCGGUGACCUCUGCACUGCGAGAAGCGUUUCAGUUCGCCACACUUGACCCGGGGGCCAUCUUUCACCUCCUUCGAUGA